GAAGCUUGAUUAAAUUUGAGCAUUAAACUUGAAUCUCAUCUCAUGUAUACAUGCCCCUGUAUACUUUACUUCGUACCGAAGUAUAUUUUAUUUCCUAUUAAUCGGGAUCCCUUAUCCUCACGCGCUCCGAACGCUGCUUAUCACAAGCAGUCUUAUCACCAGAUCUUAAGAUUCAUCACGAAUGAACUCUGAUUAGGUAUCAGAGACUACUUAAAUAUCAUAGUUCACCUCCCACAGAAGUAGUGAUUACCGAGCGACAGUCAUUUUGUUUUGGAAUAGUAAAACAAAUGAACUAAGUAUGUUUCGACUUUUAAUAAAGUUGAGCGCGUUGUCGAUCGGGCUUGCUUACGCUUCAACUAGCUGUCAAAAUGCACAACAAUCACAGAUGGCUGCCCUCAACGAGAGAAUGAAUCAAAUGAUAAGCACUUUGUAUUCUUCGUCACCCCUCCUCUCCAAGGCUCUACCCGCACUAGCGAGCACAACAACCACAACCACACCAGCUACCUCCACAGAAUACCCCACAACGACAACGACCACUACCAGCGAGACCCCCUCAUACACUUACCCCCAAGUCAUAUACGUGACGCAUCAACCACCUCCAAGCCAACCAGCGUCCAACACUUACUAUUCGUAUGAAACCACACAGCCUGAAUAUCCGCCUCCUGUGUCGUACAGUUACGAAUACACUUGUCCCCCAUGCCCACAAACCCCGCCGUCUUAUAGCUAUCCACCCCCAAGUACUCCAACACCUACAUAUUCUCAAAUACCUGCUCCAUAUCCACCACCGCCUGCGACUUACCCCCCGCCGUCGACGCCGGCAACUUACCCCCCGACUUCAACGACUUACCCGCCGCCCUCGACGUCUUACCCCCCGCCGCCAACAAGUUACCCCCCACCGCCAACAAGUUACCCCCCACCACCUGCUUCUUACACCCCUCCGCCGACGUCCUAUCCCGCUCCGCCAACGUCCUAUCCGGCACCGCCGACAUCAUAUCCAGCUUCAUACUCGGCACCCCCCACAUCGUACACGGCACCGCCGACGUCUUACCCCCCUCCUCCUGCAACUUACUCGCCUCCACCAACGACUUACCCCCCGCCUGCGACUUACCCCCCAACUACAUCUUACUCCCCGCCAACGACUUGUCCCCACACUUCCACAACUUACGCGCCAGCUCCUGCUACGUAUCCUGCGCCUGUUACUUACGCCCCGGCACCUGCGUCUUACCCGCCUACGCCUACAACUUACCCCGCCACAUACCAAAUAUCAGGGUACUCGACAUAA